AUGGAGUCGGUAGCUCUGGUGGCGCCGGUGACGGCGCUGGAGUUCGUGGGGGACGUGCUGCUGGCGGGUACAGGCCCGGAGGUGGUGGCGUUUCGGCUGAGCGGCGGCGGGCCGGCGGCGGCGGCGGGCCGGCGGAGCGUGCUGCGUGAGGCCAGCGUGCAGGGGCUGCGAGCCGAGCCGGGGCCCGGGCCGGCGGCGCGAGUAGCGGUCUUCGGUGGGCGCUGGCUGGCAGUGCUGGCGGUGCGGCGCGGCGGAGCGGGCGCUGGGCCGCUGCUGGCGGCGUGCGGCGGCGGGGCCGCGCGCGAGCUCAGGGCGCGGGUGUGGGAGGUGCGCUGGGCGGCGGGCAGGCGGCUGGCGCUGGCGCUGGGCGGCGGGACCGUGGCGCUCUACGAGUGGUGGGGCGGCGGGCGCUGGCUGCGGCAGGCGAGCUGUGGCGGGGCCGGGGCGCUGCGCUGCGCCGUGCUGGCGGGGGUGAGCUGGGGGCGGCUGGCGCUGGCGGCCGGCACGGCGACGGGGGACGUGGUGGUGUGGCGGGCGGCGGCGGCGACGGCCCCGCAGCGUCAGCUGCGCGGGCACCGGGGCGCGGUGCUGGCGCUCUGCUACGCGGCGUCGCGGGGGCUGCUCGCCUCCGCCUCCGAAGACCGCAGCGUGCGGCUGUGGGCCGUGGGUGAUUUGGGCGGCGGGGACCGGGCCGGCUCCUGUCUGCUGGUGUGCUACGGGCAUGGCGGUCGAGUGGCCGCCGUGGUGCUGCGGGGGCCGCUCCCGGUCAGCGCCGGGGAGGACGGCGCCUGCCUGGAGUGGGGCGGCGACGGCGGCGUGCGGCGAGCGCGGCGCGGGCACCGCGGGGCCCUGCGCGCCCUGGCCCUGCGCCCCGCUGGCGGCCGCGUGGCCACGGGCGGCGACGACGGCGGCGUCCGACUCUGGCAGCCCCGGCGGGAGGCCGCGGAGGCGGUCCCCGCCGUUGCGGCUCUGGGGGCCCGGGAGCGGCCGCGGGCCGUGCUGCUGGUGGGGCCGCGGCGGGUGCUGGUGCUGGGCGAGGCGGGCGGGCUGGCGACAUUCGAGGUGGCUCAGGGGCGCUGGACGCCGGUGCUGCACCCCGCCGCCAGCGGGCCCCGUGCCGUGCUGGCGGCCACCCCGCUGCACGGAUGGGACGAGACGCUCUGCGCCGUGGCCGGCGGCGACGGGCGCCUCCUCCUUUUCGCCUUGAGCCGCCCUGGGGCCGCCACCAAGCUCACGCUGUUCGAGGGGGCCGUGCACGGGCUGAGCUGGGCCCCCCGUCCCGGGCUGCCCCCCGACACCGCUGCUGCUCUCCUGGCCUCCGGUCCCGACGGGGAGAUGCUCUGGUUGGAUGUCACCCACCGCCCCGGGCAGGCACCCUGGGUGCAACUCAUGGGCCGGUACCUGCUGCCACCCUGCAAGCAGCGCUGGCACACCUGUGCCACCUUCUUGCCCCAGGAAGGGCUCCUGGUCUGUGGGGACCGCCGGGGCUCCCUCCUCCUCUUCCCUUGCAGCAGCUCCUCAGAGCGGGCUGCAGAAAGCACCGGCAUUGUCAAUGGUGGCACUGAUCCCGUUGUUGAGGACUCCAGCAAUGAGUUGGAGCCCUCUUGCUUGUUGCACAAAGGGGCUCUUCCUCUUGAGUCUCCACUGUCAGUGCUCUUUGGACUCCACGGGAAGACAGGAGUUACCUCGGUGGCCAUCCACAGGGGCUACAUUUACAGCACGGGCCGGGAUGGUGUUUACCGCCAGCUCCGCCUGCGGGACCAGCAGCUGGAGAUCCUGCAAAAGCACAGGCCCUGCAAAGGGCUGCAGUGGAUUGAGGAGCUGCACUUCACCUCGGAUGGGGACCUGCUUGUGCUGGGCUUUCAUGCUGACAACUUCGUGGUGUGGAGCAGCAGGACCGGCGAGAACAUCCACUGCAUCCCCUGCGGGGGCGGGCACCGCUCCUGGAGCUACUGCAGCAGCCCCUUGGCCGAGGUGUUUGCCUUUAUCAAGUCUGGGGAUGUGAUGCUGUACCACCGUGAGGCCAAGCCCUGUGAGCAGCAAGUGCUGCUGGCAUCCCUGCACGGGCGGGAGAUCACCUGUGUGCGGCGCCUGGGGGCUGUGGAGGUGCCUGGCCAUGCCACCGUUAAUGUGUUUGUCACCGGCAGUGAGGACACCACGACCUGUGUCCUAGUGCUCAGUGAGAACUCCCGGGCAGCUGUGCCCCUUGCCCGUCUCAGUGACCACAUUUCCAGUGUGAGGACGUUGGCAUUUGCCAUGGGACCUGGAGAUGAGGGCUUUGGUGAUGAGGGCUUGUCUGCCCUGCUCUUCUCUGCAGGCGGCCGUGCACAGAUUGAGUGCUACAGGCUGCUGUGCACUGGGGACACAGCAACUGAGAGUGCUGUGGCCUGCCAGAUCAUCCACGUAGCCUCCCACCGGCUGGACAAGCACUGGGAGCAGAAGAAGAACAGGCACAAGCUUGUCAAGAUGGACCCAGAGACAAGGUACAUGUCCCUGUCAGUUGUGCCUGGGACAAGCACCAAGCAGCUGCCAGCACCCUGGAAAUUCCUGGCUGCUGCCUGCAGCGAUGGAUCAGUCCGGAUCUUUGGGCUGCUGGAGGCUGCUCAGAAGUUGGUGCUGGUGGCAGAGUCAUUUCACCACCAGCGCUGUGUGCUGAAGGUGGAGGCGUUCCUGCACACAUGGGCAGGAGGGGAGAGGAGGCACCUCCUGUGCAGUGCAGCCACUGAUGGCAGCAUUGCCUUUUGGGACAUCACUGGCCCCAUCAUGGAUGCAGCAGAUGCCCUGCACCAAGCAGAGGGAGAGAUGCAGCUCUUGGGUGAGUGCUGCUGUCCAGCAGCUCUUCUGCUUCCUCUGACCAAGGUGAGCGUUGCUCUCCUGACCGAGCCUGUUUACCCAGCCCUGGAUGCCCCGCUGGUCACCAUCAUGGCCCACAGCUGUGGCGUGAACAGCCUUCACAUCCGUGAGACACCCGAGGGACAGUACCUGGUGGCCAGCGGCAGUGAUGAUGGCUCCAUCCAUGUCUGCCUGCUGGAGGUAGCCCUGGGCAGGGGUGAGGCCAUGGCAGGGACCUGCCUGCAGGUCCUGGAGCGGGUGUCCAGGCCCUGUGCCCAUGCUGCCCAUGUGACGGGGAUCCGGGUGCUGCGGCCAGACCUGCUGCUCUCUGCCUCAGUGGACCAGCGCCUGACGCUGUGGAACCGGAGCCCAAGUGAGCUGGUGCCCCUCAGCACCACUUUCUUCCAUGUGCCUGACCUAGCUGAGCUGGACUGCUGGGAGGUGGUGGAGGCCGGGGGUGAGCUGCGGUACUACUGUGUGCUCUGUGGGCAGGGCCUGGAGAUGCUGUGUGGCACAACCUCGUCCAAACCUCCUCCACAAGAGGCUCCUCAGUAAUUGGGCAGGUGUGUGACACAUCCAGGUCCCUGCCUGCAUUUGGAGGGCACCCUGCACUUGGGCUUUGCCCGUUACUGUGGCCACUGCCUCCAUUCUGCACGCUCACAUGUCUUGUCCUGAAGGGACAGGCAUACUUGGCUCCUUUAGGCAGGUGCCAUGGUUGUGAUGCUCGAGGCCAGUGGUCUCUGGGAAGAAGGCAGAUGGGAUCCCUCCCAGACAAGCCUGGGGCUUCCCCAUGCAGUAAGGAAGUGGGGCUGUUACUCCCUGCUGCCCAAGAGCAGCUUUUCCUCUGCAAGGUGUGAAGGACCCAUGUCAGCUUUCCAGUCUUGGUCUCAGAGAGGAACCUUGCUUGGGAGGGCACUGAGGACAUGGCCCAGCCCUGGGAGCUUGAGAGCAGCAGAAGGCCAGGAAGGGUCAGGGACUGGUGUGACACAUGGUGGGCUGCAGCCUUGUGUGUGCACAGGACAGCCCUUUGUGACAGUCCUGACCCUGCAGUACUGAGGAUGGUGCUGAAGUGCACAGGGGCACUGAUCAUCCACAGCAGCACCCUUAUGGCAUGGGGGGUUGCUGGGCUGCCCACAAAUACCACCCUCCUCAGGCCAAGUGGCUUUUUCCUGCAUAGCAGCAGGACCCGGGACAGUUAGACCAAAGGAAGGAAGGAAGGACAAACAACCCUGAGGUCAGACACAGAGGGUUUGUCCAGCAACAAGUGUAUUGGACCCCAGUACUGCAGCCUGGCUCAGAGCCCAGGAGUCUGGAGUCUCAGGAGCUCCCUGCCAGCACGGAGCACCUUUCAAUAAAGUUUUGAGAGAAGUGAA